CUGUUUCUUGCAGGCGGCGUCAACGCACAGUCAGGAGUUGCAAACAACACUACCGAGCCCGAGUCCGGUGGCAUUAAGCUCGCCGAAUGGGACUUUGCCGAAUUUGGAACCUUCUUUGGUGCCUUCGCUAUUAUAAUUCUGAUGUGCCUCUUCAAGACCUUCUACCCAAAGAUACCCUAUGUGCCAGAUUAUAUUCCCCAAUCACUACUGCUGAUCUGUAUCGGUGUCAUCUUUGGACUCAUCUUCUAUUAUGCCUCCGAUGUCGCCAUCGAAGAGACUCUCUGGAAGUUGACUCCAACCAUGUUCUUUCACUUUCUCCUUCCACCCAUCGUCUUGGACGCCGCUUUUGGUCUCUACAAUCGAACUUUUCUUGACUAUAUUGCCUCCAUCUUAAUCUACGCAGUGAUCGGAACAGUGCUCAACUUCGUCAUCAUUGGACCCCUGAUGUAUGGACUCUGUAAGGGCGGAGCGAUGGGACCCGGUCUUUCAAAUAUCAGUCUGAAUUCCUUCUUUUUGUUUGCCUCGCUGAUUGUCGCUGUCGAUCCGGUGGCUGUACUCGCCAUCUUCCAG